AUGUCCGAGUACAUCGGUGCCCGGAUAUCUCUGGUAUCCAAGAGUGACAUCAGAUACGUUGGAACCCUCCAUGAGAUCAACUCCGAGAACUCCACCGUCGCCCUCGAGAAUGUCAGGUCCUUUGGUACCGAGGGACGCCGCAAUGGCGAGGACGAGAUCGCUGCCUCCGACAACAUCUACGAGUACAUCGUCUUCCGUGGCAGCGACGUGAAGGACCUCAGGAUAGAGGGCAAGGUCGAGGAGCCCAAGCCUGCGCCGCCGCCCAUGCCUAACGACCCGGCAAUCCUUGGCGCCGCUCGUCCCGCUCAGUCCACGCCGCAGGGCAACCAGCAGAACCAGCCUCCCCCGAACUUUCCCAACCCGCAGCACUUCAACCCGCCGUACCCAACCUCGGGCCCUGGUCCCUACCCGCCCUUCCAGAAUACUCAUUUCGGUCCUCCUGGUGUUUAUCCUGGCGGCCCUGGUGGUCCUCCUCGUGGCCCUGGCGGUCCUGGCGGUCCCGGUGGCCCCGGCGGUCCUGGUGGAUUCCCCGGCUACCCUGGCAUGCCGUACGGUGCGCCUCCGGGCUGGUACCCUCCUCCCGGCCAAGGUUUCCCCCCGGGUCCUCCUGGUCCCUUCUCGCCGCACCCGAACCAGAUGCCCAUUGGCCCGCCUGGUCAAGGUCCCAAGCCCGGCCCUCCUGGCCCUGGCAAGGAGCAGAACCCUGUUGAGGCGGAUGCGGCGCCCAAGUCGGCUGAGGACAAGAGCAAGGAUUCUACGCCUGCACCGGCUCCUGGCCAGGCGCCAACUCCCCCCGUCGAGUCCAAGCCUGAUCCCGCCGCUGCUCUGGCGCCCCCUCAGCCCAACGCGGCCGCUGCCCCACCGACUGGACCCAAGGCGGCACCCAACGGCCCGAAGAAUGGUCGCAUAGUCCCCGCCAUUCCCCUCACUACGCCUGGCCAGAAGCCCGCCGCCCCGGUUGCUACCCCUCAGGCUCCUCAGGGUGCUCAGCCGGGCGGUAACCAGCCGCAGCAGUACCGCGACGCUACGCAAGCUGCCACUGCUGCCGUGGCCGCGGCGAUGGCUAAGCUCAAGCCGCAGGGCGGAGUCCCUCAACCUCAGACCGGUGACGCUGCUAUUCAGAACCUUACCCAGAAGGUCGCGGAGAUGCGUGCCGAUGAUAGGGCCCGUCACGGCAAGCAGGCUGGCGCCGGUGGUUUCCCUCCCCGCGGAGGUCGUGGCGGCCGCCGCGGUUCCGGUCGUGAUCAGCACAGCAAGCCGAUCGAAGUUCCCGGAACCGAUUUCGACUUUGAGUCUUCCAACGCAAAAUUCAACAAGCAGGAUCUGGUGAAGGAGGCUAUUGCUACUGGCUCUCCGCUGGGCACUCCUGGCGAGGAGGGUGACCCUCUCAACAAUGGAGAGACCAACGGCGCCGCGCACGAGAAGAAGGAAUCCGUCGUGAUCCCCGCCGCUUCGUACAACAAGAGCGACUCGUUCUUCGACAACAUCUCGUCGGAACUGAAGGACAGGGAGGAGGCCAGGGGCAAGCUGGGAGGCCACGAGUUCCGCAGCGAGGAGCGGAGGAAGAACCUCGAGACGUUCGGCCAGGGCAGCGUCGACAACUACCGCGGCGGCUUCCGUGGCCGUGGCCGUGGCAGGGGCUUCCGUGGCGGUCGUGGCUUCGGCCGUGGCCGUGGUGGUUCCCGUGGUCGUGGCGCUCACGCUUCGGCUGCUGAGGCUGGCGCUCUGUGA